AUGGCAACAACGUCACGUAGCCUCUCGCGGGGCCUCCGCUGUAUCUGCAGACUCACCCCCGCCAAAAGGAAACACCCCCACCCUUUCACCCAACAGCAACGCUACGCCAGCAACAUCGGCAAACCCAGGCCUUCACCAACAGCAGUCCCCUUCGUGACGCGCUUCGAGGACCUCGCCCGCGAAGCCGGCGUCGACGACUUUCCCGACGACAUCGAACCGCCCUCAGAGCUCCUCGUUCCCCAGACCCUCCUCACCGCCUCCGACCUGGACCCAGAAGAGCGCGCCGACUAUGAAACCUUCACGCCAGAACAGCAGCAAUCAUACCUCGACCUGCUGAACCACUACAAAGCCCUGUCCGAAUCCUUCACAUCCAUGGAAGACAUCAAUCUGCUCGAUGACUCCGAAGAUGGACCAAACGCGAUCAACGAGGACGAGGAGCUAUCCCAGCGAGACCAGGAUAAGAUCGAAGCGGAGGUGAAUCGCGCACAUCCUCUUGACCUGCGCAUACCACGAGCCACGACUAGGGCUUCCGGGAUGGGCUGGUGGGCCGAUGGAGAGGACGACGAAAUGGGCCAGUUUGAAGACGCCGACGACGAAUGGGAUCCCAAUAUCAUCAGCAGUAUUGCGGAGAACGACAUACAGCUGCACAGAGAGAUCAGGCAGUACACCCGGGUGGCGGCAUGGGAGAUGCCUUUACUAGCCAAAUACGCCAAACCCCUCGAACCACCCACGAAGGCCACCCCCCUCCGCUUCCGCUACACAACCUACAUGGGCGAAUCCCACCCCGCCGCCCGCAAAGUGACCCUAACUUUCACCACCACGGACCUCGCCCGCUCCCUCGAGCCCAACCUCACCGAACCGCAAGUUCUCAAACUCCAAAAACUCCUCGCAACGCGCUACAACCCCUUCAAUGACAGAGUCCACAUGUCGUCAGAGAAGUUCCCAAACGCCGCGCAAAACAAGCGUUACCUAGGCGACCUCCUCGCAACCCUGAUCAAAGAAUGUAGAAACGAGGAAGAUAUGUUCGAGGAUAUUCCGCUUGAUACACGGCACGUGAAGCGGGAGAAGAUGAAGCAAAGGUAUCAGUUUCCAGUGGGGUGGAUGAUGACCGAAGGUCGGGUCGCGCAGCUUGCGGAAUCGAGACAGGUGAAGGACGGCGGAGCGCACAAGAAGGCGCAGAGCGAAGAGCAGAGGCUGGACAGGCCAAGAUCGCGGCUUAUGUGA